AUGAAUCCAGAACUAACAGAAAAGAUCGCCGCUAAGUAUGCGAAAGGUGUGGAAUCCGGCGACGUACAUUUUUCCCAGUCCGAUUGCAAGAAACUGAAGGAUCCAAAAACGGGCGCGCAAUACAUGGUAACACAUGCGCCUAGCUUGUUGAAGAAGCCCGAACGUGGUGACAAAGAGACCAAAAACCGCAACCCGUUCGCGGAACCCGAGCCUGAGCUCACCGUGUGUGACGAUCUUUACGAUCUUGGCAAGUACAAACUACUGCUGAACAAGUUCCCCGUGGUCCCAGAGCAUCUGUUACUCGUGACACGUGAGUUCAAGCCCCAGAUCUCGGCGCUGGAUCCUACGGAUCUGCUCACCUCCUACCGUUUGCUGCAGGACCUAGACGACGAUGACGAGCAGAUCAGGAACCUCGUUUUCUACAACUGUGGGGCUCCUUCGGGCUCCUCACAGGAUCACAAGCACAUGCAGGUGCUCAGGUGGCCUCAGAAGUUUGUAGCAUUUCAAGACCGUUUGUGCAGUGGUAAAGACCACUUUAUCCCGGACAUGCGUACUGAACCACUCCAGGACGCUAAACUCUCAUUCGCACACUUUGUGGUUCCAUUGCCAGAGGACGAAGAGACCGUGGACGAGGAUCUGCUCGCAAUGACUUUUGUUUCGCUGCUGCAGAGAACUCUUACGUUUUUUCAGGAUUGGUCAAACGAACACCCUGAGUUGCAGACCGGCUACAACGUACUUUUGACGCGUCAGUGGAUGUGUCUUGUUCCGCGCUCCAGCUCCAAGAGCUCUGAGCUGGACAUCGGCUUCAAUGCAACAGGCUACGCCGGUCUCGUGCUCGUUAAGCACGAAGAUGUCUGGAACAAAAUUCUAGAAGACCCACACGUAGUGGACCGUAUGAUGCUCGAAUGUGGAUUCCCUAACACGGCGGGUACUUCUGCCAACGAAUAUAACUACUAA